AGUCCGCGGACGGUGCCAGCGCCUUGAUGCGAUUACAGUACAGUAUACUUGAAGAACGCUCCGCGAAGCUCCGCCCCCUCGGAGCGCGACCAGUCGCCUCCACCGCUUGGGUCAGAGCUGGGUGGGACUGGCGGUCUUUCUUUCGUUACUGCAUUGCAAGCACUGAGGGCAUGGGGAGGCAAGGCGUCUACUCGGAGGCAAGAGUCCGGAACUUUGAAACAUGCUCGGGCAGUUUCAGGAUGGCUACAAACCCUUUCAGCUUCAUCAGAAAAAAUUAAGAUGUUCCUUUUGAGUGUCAAGAAUGAAAUUAAAAUACAUUUUGGGGUGCGGUGAUUCUUGCCUUUCUCGUCGAUGUCUUCCUGUCUCUUUGACGGUUUUAUAAUUAAACUGAUUCAGAAGAAACUCUCUUCAAGACCAUGACUGAAGAAAAGAAUCUUGGCGCGUCUCAGAAAGUUUUGUCUCCUUCAAGAAGUACCAGCAGUUGCUCUUCUAAACAGGGAAGCAGACAGGACAGCUGGGAAAUUGUGGAAGGUCUGCGGGGAGCCAUGAAUUACACUCAGGAACCACAAAAACAGGAAGGCUACCUGCUGAAGAAGAGGAAAUGGCCUCUGAAGGGCUGGCACAAGAGGUACUUUUUGCUGGACAAAGGAAUUCUGAAGUAUGCAAAGGGUUCUGCCGAUAUAGAAAGAGGGAAACUGCAUGGAUGCAUAGACGUUGGUCUUUCAGUGAUGUCAGUGAAGAAAUCAACAAAGUGUGUUGAUCUGGAUACAGAAGAACACAUUUAUCACUUGAAGGCAAAAUCUCAGGAUGUCUUUGAUGAGUGGGUAACAAAGCUUCGUCAUCAUAGAAUGUAUCGUCAGAAUGAAAUUUCCAUGUUUCCACAUGAUAUCAACAAUCAUUUCUUCCCAGCAUCAUCAUCUGUUACGGACUCAGUAGGUGGCCUUUUGGAAUCCACAGGGAGCAGAAAGAGAGGCAGCCUGACCCAACAGAAUUCAGUACAGACGGGAAGUAGUUUAUCAUUCUUGUGUUCAGCUAAUGAGUCAAGAUUUCCAUCUUGGCUGGAGUCUUCUGAAGAAAUGGAAAGAUGCUCAAAAGACCUCUCUCACUGUCAUAACUAUCUCUUAGAAAUGAGCCAGCUUUUGCAAAGCAUGGAAGUUCUCCACAGGACAUAUUCAGCCCCUGCAAUAAAUGCCAUGCAGGCCAUCCCAUUUGAAAGUCCCAAAAAGGAAAAAAGAGCACAUAGAAGAUGGCGUUCCCGAGCGCUUGGCAAAGAAGCUAAAGCAAUGUUACAGGUACCAACUGUUCUUUCUGCUCCACUGAGACUGCAUGCUUCCAAUCCCAAUUUAUCUACAUUAGAUUUUGGUGAAGAGAAAAUUUAUUCUAAUGAUUCUGAAACAACAGCAGAAUUUUCUAAAAUGCAAGAGGACUUAUGUCACCUAGCACAUAAAGACACAGAAUCCAAUAAUGCCAUAGCACAAAACACAGAUCUUAGAGACCGGUUACACAGAAUACAUGCCGAAUCUAUGCUCCAUGAUUCAGCAGCUAAUGCAAAAUCCAGCCCUGAUUUGGCAAAGGAAAACUCAGAAGACGAAAACAGGAGUCUGGUCCACCAACUGUCCAAUGAAAGUCGGCUGUCUAUAACAGAUUCUCUCACAGAGUUUUUUGAUGCACAGGAAGUCCUCUUAUCUGCUAGUUCUUCAGAAAACGAGGUAUCUGAUGAUGACUCAUAUGCCAGUGAUGUAAGUGAUAACAUCUCUGAAGACAACUUGAGCAGUGGCACAGAGAAUGAAAGGCAAACCGUCGACUGUGUUCCUGAUGGCAACAUGGCAAGCCAUUCCAAGCGGAGGACAUGUCUCCCAGCCUCAUGUCCCAACACUAGUAAUAUUAGCCUGUGGAAUAUUCUGCGAAACAACAUAGGGAAAGACCUCUCUAAGGUGGCUAUGCCGGUUGAGUUGAAUGAACCAUUGAACACUUUGCAAAGGCUCUGUGAGGAACUGGAGUACAGUGAAUUGCUGGAUAAGGCUGCGCACACACCUGAUCCAUUUGAAAGAAUGAUAUAUGUUGCUGCUUUUGCCGUCUCUGCCUAUGCAUCCAGUUACUAUAGAGCUGGUAGUAAGCCGUUUAAUCCUGUGCUUGGAGAAACCUAUGAAUGUGUCCGUGAAGAUAAAGGUUUCCAGUUUUUUUCCGAACAGGUCAGUCAUCACCCUCCUAUAUCUGCAUGCCAUGCUGAAUCUGAUAACUUUGUGUUUUGGCAAGAUAUCAGAUGGAAAAAUAAAUUCUGGGGGAAAUCCAUGGAAAUUGUGCCAGUUGGUACAACGCAUGUAAUACUUCCAGUUUUUAGGGACCAUUAUGAAUGGAAUAAGGUGACAUCUUGCAUUCAUAAUAUCUUAAGUGGCCAACGAUGGAUAGAACACUAUGGAGAAAUCAUAGUCAAGAAUCUGAAUGACAACAGCUGUUACUGCAAGCUGACAUUUGUAAAGACAAAAUAUUGGAAUCAUAAUGUUAAUGAAAUUGAAGGCAGUGUUCUAGACAAAAAUGGAAAAGUGAUACAUCGGCUUUUUGGAAAAUGGCACGAAAGUAUGUACUGUGGGACACCGUCUUCAGCAAACUGCAUCUGGAGAGCAAAUCCAAUGCCCAAGGAUUAUGAACAGUGGUAUGGUUUCACACAAUUUGCAUUGGAAUUAAAUGAAUUGGACCCACUCACUAGACCACUGUUACCAUCUACUGAUACUCGAUUUAGACCAGACCAAAGGCUCUUAGAAGAAGGGAAUAUUGAAGGAGCAGAAGCACAGAAACAGAGGAUUGAACAGUUACAGAGAGAGAGGCGGAAAGUUCUAGAAGAAAACAAUAUGGAACAUCAGGCUAGAUUUUUCAGGAAAUCUGAAGAUGACUCUUGGGUCAGCAAUGGAACCUACUUGGAACUUAGGAGAAACCCUGGCUUUUUCAAGUUGGACAAUCCUGUUCUGUGGUGAUAAAAGGACAGGAGACGAGGACAUUUCUCUCUUGUUUUCCUGGUUAUAAGGAAGGAAAUGCUGCAUAUCACCUUGAUAUUCUAGACUCCAGCUUGAUUUAGAGUUUUGACAUGCUCAUUUACUUUGUUCUGUAUCUUCCUCGGCUUUUUUUGAUAGUUACCAUGAUUUGUUUGAAUGUAAAAAAACUCUGAUUUCCUUUAUAUAUUGUAUUUAAUAAACAAUUGUUGAAUGUUAUAUCUGAUAAGGGUUGGAGGGCAGUAAGGUUUUAACACUAUUUUAUCCAAAGGAUUGUGCAAGUUCAGAUUUAAUGCCUUAUCAGAUUGUGCAAAAGAGAGUAUUGGCCAACAGCAUUUAGCUGCACCAUGAAAACAAAAUGGAUACAUGGAUCUCCCCCGUAUGUUAGGUGAGCUACCAAAGCUGGAGUGAGUAUAUGUAUUAUGUUUCUUGCCUAAGAUUCUGUUUCAGUGCUGGAAUCUUUUUGACUUCUUUUUGAAAGAAGGUAUUUAGUAAUAAUAUUUUUACUCCAGAAGAGAAACCUAUUCUAAGAAAUAGUAUGAAGUGGUAGUAGUAUUGAUGGUUCUACUGCCUUACAAAAAAGGGGCACAGUCACUGGAGAACUUCUCUUACACCUUCAUUGGAACAAAUGGAAGUUGAUCCAUUGCAAAGUUCAACUAGACUUGCACAAUGAGCACUCCUAGCAGAUUAUGUCCCGCCAUUUGUAUGAUCUUAGAUGGGCCUCAUCUAGACUAAAGUUUCAGGCCACAAUCCAACCAAAAAGAAUUGUGGUUGAAAUCCUUGCAGACACAAGGGAGUGGGAAGUUAGUUGCAAGCAGAUGCAUUAGGCUGGAUUGUAUUAUUCAGUAAAUUGUAACACAAUGUACUCCUAAAGCUAGAUCAUGGAAACAUAAGACCAAAUGAAAAGAAAUGUGAGUGCUGAGAAAAAUCUUUACACAGCAUGACCUCUUUGUUUCAUUCCUUUGCUUGCUUCUAAAAAAGAGAGAGAGAGAGAGAAGAAGAAGAUCCUGCUGGACAAUAGAAAAGCUGUCUUUUUUUAACUAUUUGCAACAUAGCUGGACAGAUGUUUUCUGAAAUAAUAUUUUGGUAUUUUCUACCUCUUCUGAGCAGCAUUUAUUAUAUUUUAAAAAGAAGCUGACCAUCUGCCUUAGAAAAAAUGUAUGGAAUAUAUGAUCUUCCUUUCAAUGUUUUAUGUUGAGGUAAAUUAUUUGUCUUGCACUAAUAUGGUUGUAUGUUUUUUUUCUGUAUCCUUUAUAUGUAUUCUGAUGUCUUCAUGGGCACACAGCAUGUUGAAGCAAGAAUGUGAAGUAAAUGUAACAGCACUUCAAAAUUGAGGCAGACAAGUUCUUGUUUGUUAAAAUCACAGUUUUACUAUAGCAUCAUGUUUUUGCUCAGAACAGGAAGACCAUGAGACAAAUCUUGUUCCAUAAAUUUUCAGGUUUGUUGUCUACAAGAGCAGAGGAGACGAUGAAAAGCUGCUGAUUUACAACAUAGAAUGCUUUCUCCUGUACACUGAUAAUAUGUUAUGUUAUUGUCUUCUUUGUGGUACAUCAUACAUAUCUUGAAUCCCAGGGCUAUAUGUGGAAGUAAAAUCUUUUAAUUGCAAAUUA